GGUAAGGAAUGCGGCGUUUGGUGCAUGGCGAGCACUUGCGGCGAAUGGGACGGAAUUACAUGCCUACAUGCUUUCUAUUCAAUCGUAAACUUUGCUUCCUGGUUGACGCCGGGUGUGUCCACCUUCAUCUGUGCCUUCAGACUCGUGGUGGUCUCCGGUUCAUCAAGUACAACCUCGUCCAGGUUGGACCCGCUCUUGCGGGCGAGUUCAAUGUCUUCGUCCGAGUCGUCGUCUUCUUCCUUGCUUUCCUCUUCGUCACCCACUUGGUGAUCCGUGCUGUCGCCCGCGGCCGUCGAGUGGUAUCGGAAUCGGUUGCGGAUCAUGACGAGGCCGGCCACAAUGAGGCCCGCCGCGACGACGGCGGCGACAGCGGCGGCAAUCACAAAAGGGUCGCCGCUUUCCAAUCGAUGGUAGUACUCUGCGAUCGCCGACGUGUGCUCGACGUGCUCGACUUUUUGCUUGGCAUAGUCGGCAUUCUGCACUGGGUUCUGGCAAAUUUCUGUGCCGUUGACAACGCCAAUCCAGUUGGUCACGAUCGAGUCCUUGACGUGGCCACACAUCGUCAGCUUGAACUCGUCGACUUGGCGUUCGUCAAAAUGCAGAAUGUACUCGCCGCCAACCUCAUCGUCGUCGUCGCUGUUGCACUUGACGUGUGCCACGACCGAGUACAUCUGGCCGCCGCUCUUGGACGUGUUGCCCAUAAACUUUUCGAACGAGACCAGGUCGACGUGAAAUGCAUCGCAGGUCGAGUUUGUGUACGUGGCAAACGCAGCAGUCGAGGCCUUCACCAACGAGUCAGGACGGGAAUCGUCAAUACCAAUCCACUCCGCUUCUUCGCCUUCAUUGGCGGAACCCAUGGAUUCCGGGGUUGCAGUUGUGGUAGCAGCGUCGAUCGUUGUCGAGACGGUUGAAUUGGUGGCAGCAACGGUAGUUGGUGUGGCAGUUGUGGUGACUUCAGGCGCAGCUGGGGAGGCCGUCGUUGCUGGCGCGACUGUACUGGUGGUAGCAGGAGUCAAUAUGGUCUCAGUUGUAGCUGCGGCUGCAGUCGUGGUGUUUGCCGUUGAAACGACUGCAAUAGAAGUGGUGGGUGCGACCGUCGCCGAUUCUGCAUGUUCAGGAGCGACCGAGGAUGCAGGUGGGGCUGAAGAGGUCACUUGCGUUGGAUCCGAAUGGGGUGUGACUGGGGCGGUUGAUUCUGUGGUGGAAUUCGCGGUAGGUGCUGCUGUGGAGGCCGACGUGGUGGGUUGUACUGCGGGAGCCGCGGAAGCGUUUGUCGUGGUCAUUUCUGGCGCAGUUGUCGUCGAAGUCGUCGUUGGGACAACGGUGGUUGCAGUGGUCGUUGGAGCGGCCGACGGUGUUACAAUGGUCACGACUGGCGUUGUCUCGCCGGCAGCAGAGGCUUGACGCGCUUCCGAUGGCUCUGCCAUACUUGUCUCGAGG